AUGCCAACAACUCGCAAGCUUCGAAGCAAAGUUCUUCCUGACGACCUUGACGCCGAGUUUGGAGGAACUUGCAACGACCCAUACUCGAGCAAUUGGGUAGUCGGUGCUCUCUACGGAAGAGGCUGUCCCAAUCCAGAACCAGACGACGGAACCACUCUUCCGGAAGAUACCUACGAAUUCGUUGCAGAGGAAGACGUAAACCAAAAGCAAAGAAGCCACACCAGAAAGAUCAAAUCUUCCCCUGCUACCAAAAAGAAGAAACCCCACAAACCCAUUCCAGACAACACCAUGUCUUCCAACAACGUGCUUGGUAGUCCCAUCAAGCUGCUCCGUGCGCAGCUUUCAAAUGCCGAUGAGAGAGACGAUGACCUCGAAGUAGUGUUUGACAUCGAUCUCGAAAAUGAAGAAAAUCACGGUGACUACCUUGUCACAAUGUCGACCGAAGAACGCGUAAAGAAGAUGCAGGCAAGCGCUAUUGUUGUGGUUCGUCCCAACGUUGCUCCCGAAGCAGUGAAAGACUUUUCUGCUACGUUUACCAAGGAUUGCAUCUCUAUUGACGGCCCAGCAGCAGAUCAUGAAUUCUUGGCAGCAGCUUCAGGAAAGGAUGGCUGGUUGACAAAGCUCGACAAGACGAAGACUCGCUUUGAAGCAACAAAGCUUUUAACAACCCUCACGUCAUUGGUGACAAAGCUUAAGAAGAAAAAGCGUCCCAAGACCACUCACAUCAGUGUAAAGUCUCUUGGCAUCACGGUGUCAAAUGAAUACUUCUCGCCUGGAGUUGCCAAACACGUGCUAAAGCUGAUCCCUCUUCCCUACAAAGUUACACGCAAGGGCAAGAAUGGUGCUUCCGAAGAGGUUACUCGAGUCAUUCUUGUCUGGAGAGCUUAUAUUGUUGGCACUCUUGGUGAGGUUGAAGCCGACGAUGCGCAGACAGGAGUUGAUGACCUCUUGAACGAGAUGUUGGCUCUCCAAGGUUAG